AUGAAAGAUGCUGAGAAAAACAUAAAUUACAUAAAGGAUUUUAUUCAAACCUUUUAUUUCGCAAAAAAUAUUGAAUUGAUAGUUGACGAAUCGGCACUUAAACAAAUAAAUAAAACACAUAAGGAAAAUAACUCAAGUGUAAAUAUAUAUUCAUGCUAUUCUAUAUGGUUAUGCAUGAAUGAAAUAUAUCCAUCAUGGUUUGACAUAUCUAUCCAUCCUGCUCAAUUUGAUUCGGAGAUGGACGCCUACGAAUGCAUACUCAAAUAUCUUAAUGAAUACCACGAAGGCAAAUUCGAAAUAAUUAUUAAAAAAAUAUUAGGAAAUCUACUAGGAUUGACGAUAAAUGAUUUCAUUGACAUUUACAGUUUAGUCAUAUUAGCAGCUCUAGUAUCUGAUGACAAACAAAAACAUAUAAAUAGCAUUCUAUCUCUUAGUCAUGAAACACAAAAAUAUAUACAUACCAUUGUCGAAGUUUUGGAUAAAACGGAAAGUGCACCCAAAGAAGCAAAACUGUCUACACAAAAUAGUUCCAAUAAAGAUAUUACGAACAUAAAUGAAUCCAUGAAAAAUGAAAUAAAGCAAUUGAAAGAAAAAGUGAAAUAUUUAGAAAUCGAAAAUGAAAAUUUAACCAAUUCAAUAACAGAAAAAAACAAAAUUGUUGAAGAAACAAAAGAAAAAAUUAAUAAUUUGCAAAAACAAAUUAACACUGUUAACGAAAAGGCCAAAAUUCAAUAUAUUGCUCAAAUAGAAGAACAUGAAAAAAAAAUUCAUGAAUUGCAAAGCAAUCUAGAAAAACAAACCAAAGAUAAAAAUAAUAUAGAGAAUAAUUUAAAAAAUAAAAUAAAAGAACUUGAAGAUGAGCAAAACAUACUUAAACAAGAAAAUUCAAACAUAGAUAAUUUACAAAAUAAAAUUAAUAAAUAUAAAGAAAAAAUAGACAGUUUAAUAACAGUUCAAAAUAUAAAUAAAGAAUUAGAAGAUAGACUUAAGGGGAAUACCAAGAAAGCUAUUGAUAUGGAAAAUGAGGUUCAGAAACUAAGAACAGAACUAAAUAGCACGAAGAUGUAUAAGGAUAAAUGCUCAGAACUAUCUGUGGAAUUGGAAAAGACAAAAAAUGAAUAUGAAAAACUUCAACAAGCCAAUGAAGAAAAAAAUAAAACCAUGCAACAAUUAAAAAACGAUUUGGAGGAAAAAACAAAAGCUUACGAUUUAAUUAGGAAGGAGCAAAAUCUUAAAAAGUUCAACAUCGGACUAAGUAAUGUAGAUCAAACCGAGGAAUUAUUAAGACUUAAAAAGGAAAAUGAAAAUUUAAAGAAUGAAAUAGAUUUAAAAAAAAAUGAAGAAUUAAACAAAGUGAAAGAGUUUGAAAAAGAGAUUGCCAAUUUGAAAAAAACAAAUGAAGAAUUAAAAAAUAAAACUGAAGAAAUUAUGAAAAACAACACGGAAUCUGAUAAAAAACUACCAGAAAAUGACAAUUUAUACUUGAAAGAGAUUGAAGAGGAAAAAAAGAGCAUAGAAAAUAAAGAAAAAGAACUAAAAGAAAAGCAAAAGGAAUUAGAAAACAAACAAAGAGAUAUAGACAACAAACAAAAGGAAUUAGAAAGCAAACAAAGAGAUAUAGACAACAAACAAAAGGAAUUAGAAAGCAAACAAAGAGAUAUAGACAACAAACAAAAGGAAUUAGAAAGCAAACAAAGAGAUAUAGAUAACAAACAAAAGGAAUUGGACGAAAAACAGAAAGAAACCGAACAUAUUAAAAAAGAAUUAGAAGGAAAAAAUAAAGAGGUCGAAGCAAAACAAAAGGAUAUUGAAAAUAGGGAAAAGGAAAGCAACGAAGCAAAAGUCGAAACAUCCAAUGAAAUCGAUCAAAUGAAAAAAAAUAUAGAACAAAAACAAAAAGAAAUAAAUGAACUCAAAGAGGCUAAUGAAAAAAUGGUGGCACAAUUAUCGUCUAUGAAAGGAAAUGUAGAUACUAUCAUAAAUGACAAAGUAAUAAAAUUGGAAGCUGAAUUACUCAUGGAGAAGAAAAAUGCCGGAUUUAUUGAAGAAACCACAAAGAAUAAAUUAAGCAAGGAAUUCAAUUCGGCCCUUCAAAUUUUUAAGGAGCAAUUACAAAUUAGAGAAAAGGAAAUUGAAUAUUACAAGGAUGCAUUGAAAAUGCAAAUAGAUAUGACUAAGGACGAACAAAAACUGUUAAGCGGUAUUAUUCAUGGUCUAGGUCUCAAAUACAAACAAUUGCAAACAUAUAACCUUUCAUUGAAAAAUGAAAUUAUAGGAAUAAAACAAAGAACACAGGCAUAUGUAGAGCCAGAGAGAAAAUGA